GGGCCCAGGCUAGCGCGGUGUGUGCGUCGGCGUCGCGGCCGGCAGAGGGAUUCUGGGUAACAACCCCGGCCGGCUGGGGCGGCUGGCUCCGCGCAGCAGCUGGCACGCUAGCCAAGUCCGUUGGCAGUGGCGGUUGUAGGGCCGGGGGCAGCGGGACAUGGAGCAGCCGUGGCCGCCGCCGGGACCCUGGAGCCUUCCUCGAGCCGAGGGUGAGGCUGAGGAAGAAAGUGACUUGGACGUGUCCCCCGGUUCUCCCCGCUGCCAGCAGCUGCAGGGUGACGGCGCCCAGAUGUAUAGCCAUGGGAUUGAACUGGCUUGCCAAAAGCAAAAAGAGUUUGUGAAGAGCUCUGUGGCGUGCAAAUGGAAUCUUGCUGAAGCUCAGCAGAAACUUGGUAGCCUAGCACUGCAUAACUCUGAGUCCUUGGAUCAGGAACAUGCCAAAGCACAAACAGCAGUAUCAGAACUGAGGCAACGGGAAGAAGAAUGGCGACAGAAAGAGGAGGCUCUAGUACAGAGAGAGAGGAUGUGUUUGUGGAACAUGGAUGCCAUUAGCAAAGAUGUUUUUAAUAAGAGUUUUAUUAAUCAAGAUAAACGAGAAGAAACAGACGAAGAUAAAUCUAAAUCAUUUAUGCAGAAAUAUGAGCAAAAAAUCAGACAUUUUGGUAUGUUGAGUCGAUGGGAUGAUAGUCAGAGAUUUUUGUCUGACCAUCCAUACCUUGUAUGUGAAGAAACUGCUAAAUACCUUAUCUUAUGGUGUUUUCACCUAGAAGCUGAACAGAAAGGGGCUUUAAUGGAACAAGUAGCACAUCAAGCUGUUGUAAUGCAAUUUAUUAUGGAAAUGGCCAAAAACUGUAAUGUGGAUCCAAGAGGAUGUUUUCGUUUAUUUUUCCAGAAAGCCAAAGCAGAGGAAGAAGGUUAUUUUGAAGCAUUCAGAAAUGAACUUGAAGCUUUCAAGUCAAGAGUAAGACUUUAUUCUCAAUCACAAAGUAUUCAACCUAUGACGGUUCAGAAUCAUGUUCCCCAUUCUGGUGUUGGAUCUAUAGGUUUAUUAGAAUCCUCACUACAGAAUCCAGAUUAUCUUCAGUAUUCUAUCAAUACAGCUCUCUGCAAUUUAAACUCAGUGGUACAUAAAGAUGAUGAUGAACCCAAAAUGAUGGACACUGUAUAAUUUGGUUAAGACUGCUGAGGCCAAGUGCUAUUUUGUUACAAGAAAGGAAGAACUUGGCUAUUUUCUUGACACUUUUAUGGGUGCUGCACUUUAUUUUUGUUUGGUUUUUGAUGGGAGGGAAAGAAGAGUACUGAAACGUUUUGUAACAUUUUUUUUUAAUGUGCUGCUAAGGUUUUUUUUUCUGAAGAGGAGUGGUACCAUAUGUUGCAGGAAGUCAAACUGGACUGGUUUUUUGUUUUUUUUGGCUACUAAAUUUGCCUUUAAUCUUACUGUUCUUAAUUAUAGAAUCAAAGUAUGAAAAUCUGCACAAAUGCAAUGUUUACAAGAACUGGUUGAUUCUAGAAGCAUCUGCUACAGUCUCUUUUUAUAUGGAUAUGUACAUGUCCUACUCUACAAAAAUGAUUAAAGAUAAAAAUGUACUUGUAUCCCACUGCUAAUUUAGCUGUCAAAUCUGGUGUUUCAUCAUAUUAAAAGCAAUAAAUCAGUAGUUGGUAAUCUACUUUACUAAAUAAGCUGGGUGGUACAAAUUUUAAAAAGUCUUUCCUCUAAAAAUAAUACUACAUUUGUAUUUUCGGCACCAUCAGUUAAGUCCUUGAAUGUAAUAUAAAUUUGAUACAAAGACAUUACCUUUACCCUCAAAAUAUUCUCAAAACUGUAUUCUUUAGAAGUUGGUUUUGCCCUGUAGACAUUUUAAUAUUGAGUUAUAGUUAUAUAAAAAGUGAUGAGCUAAUAUAGUUUUUUUUUUUUUUUUUUAAAUAAAAUCAAUUUCAAGCUCACUCUUAAUUUCUUUACUUGACAGUCUGUGGGAUCUCUCAGGUGGUAAGUUUUAAAAGAAUACCAAUGGCCUGUAAGAAUAAACAGGAAGAAUAAUCUGAUCUUUAAAAUUAUGGUUAUCGAUCGUUUCACUCUAAUGUAGCCUUUUUAAAAAGGACUCUUUUUUUAAAAAAGCAAGUGAAAUCUUGUAAACUACCAUGAGCUGCCAAAUACUUCUAAUAAUUUGGUGACUUUUAUUGGGAAUGAUAGUUUUUACUACAUUCGUCAUUCCUCUCUUUAGCUCCGUUACCAUAGAAUGUUUCUGAGGUACUCUACUUCCUGUAUUCACUUCAGGUCACAUCAAAAUGCCAGGAUAUUUGAUGAUUCAUUUUAUUUAAAAUUAGAUGACAGUGCUAAUUAUGCUAUCAUAAUCUGAGGAUUAAUCUUCUGAUUUAUAGGAACAUGAGUUUUGAUUGCAUUUGGGUAUAGUCUUUGGCUCAGUACCCAAUGAGACUAGCAGCAGACAUUUGAAAGAUAACUCACUAAGACUGAGAAUACAUGUCCAAACUUGAAAAACCAAAUAUGCUAAAGGACCCAUGUGGUGAUCAGACUGACCUUGGUCUCAUUUGUACCUGUUUUAACUGAGGUGAUCAGGCACUUAGUACCCAUAGAAGUGGGUUGGAAUUAUUGAAUCAUAAUUCUGUAACAUCACAAUCUUCUCGGUUUUCUGAAGUCUUUUUGUGCUUUUGAUGUAUACACUAUAUAAUAAAAUGUUUGACUAACAUA